AUAAUGCUGUGCAAAUCCCAGGGGAGAGCAGAGAGAGAAGGAUCUCUCCCAAGGCACGGGACUUUAUCGCACCAGCGCAGAUGAAAUAAACCAAACCGGAAGCUCAUCGGGGAACGCAGCGUAAGACGUCACUCUUUUUUAAAAGCUCCCCCUACAGAAAUCUGAACUUCAUACAGUCUGAACCUCAACCACUCAUCAAGAAGAAAUGGAGAAAACGGGGGAGACUGAAAUGAGGAAGCCCAACAAAACUGUCCAACAGGAAAUGAAAGAUUUAUUCAAUCAUUUUAAGAAGCCACCUCCAGGUACGAUUGUGAUCCAGUCAUUACCAGAUCCCUGGUACUUCAAAAUUUGGGAUAUUAACCAGAAGUACCUCUUGUUAGUGGGUGACCAGCUGCUCUCAGCUCCCAGAAAUUCCAACUCACCAGAGGGGUUAAUUGCUGUGGUCCCAGAUCAAAUUAUUGGGGAAAAAGAUGACAGAACAUCCGCCAUCUUUAUGGGUAAGGAAGAUGGGCAACGUACUUUGUCCUGUGUGGAAGUUGGUGGUCAACCUCGGCUAAAGUUAGUGGGAGAAAAAAUUAUGGAUCUAUAUAAUAAAAAACAGGAAUCCAAGAACUUCAGUUUCCUCUGCAAGACUGCCAGCGGCAAGGAGACUGGCAGCUUUGAAUCUGUAGCAUUCCCAGGAUGGUUUCUUAGCAGUUCGCCGGAGCCAAACAAGCCUAUUGGUUUGAGCCAGCAAGGAGGUGCUGAGAUCACUGAAUUUUUCAUGGAAAAAACAAAUAAAGGGGCAGGAGGUGCUGUUGCCAUUCUAUAGACCCUGUAUAGGUGGUGUGGUAGAAUGAAGUCCCACAGAUAUAAUUUUUCCAGCCUUAAGUUCAAUACCCCACAUUUCCAUGCCUGCUAUACAUUUUUUUGAAGUCCUACUGAAAAUUCAUUAGUAUUUUAAUGCAAUUUUCUCCUGCUAUACACAUUUAAUGCUACUUUGCAUAUUUUUUUGCAAAGUAUUUCCCCCUCAAUACAUGGCAUUUUCUGUGUCAUUUUCCACUAGCAUAUGCAAUUUUCUGCACACUUUAACUCCAGCAUGUGCCUUUUUGUACAUAUGACUUGGUUGGGGAAACUGCCUGCAAAAUUCAGAAAGGCAAAUUUGGAAGGAUGACGGUGUUUCAAUUUAUGCAUUGUUUCCGAAAGAGUGAAUUAUUUAUGUGAAAUAAAAUUAUCUUAUACCCCUUUUAAAUGUACUUGUGGAAGGAAGAAGGGGGCUA